CAAGCCGUUGACCGCUGGCGCGCAGAACAGCAAGCAGAAUGGGAUAGACUGUCCACCACGCUCGCAUUCCUCGCCACUAUGAGUGCUGCGAUCCUCGCGAUUUCACCAUCCGCUCCCCCUCUCGCUUUCUCUGUUUGGUUGGGCGCAGCUGGGUUGAGCGUCUGCGGUCUUUUCAUUGCUCAGUACUUUCCAAUCCAGGCGUUCUCUAUUUCGGACGAGGACAUGGGAAACCUAGUGAAAGAUGGCCAUUACAUCAACUUAGCCAUGCUUGCGACUGCGGUCGCCAGCCCUGUCAUAUUCGCCCUCUGGUCCUCUAUUCUUUUUGCCGUCGGCAUCGUCGAUUACAUUAUUGAGAAUCACCGUGGCGGACCGCAGUUCAUGCUGCUCUCGCUUGUACCAAUCACUAUUGGAUUCAUAGCGAGCGCAGCCACCAUGAUGAUCGGGAGUGUGAUAGGACGGCGUAUUCAGGCCCGCUAUGAUAAAACCGAUGUGAGCAAGACGAUUUGACCCUCGUAUUUUUCUCCUCAAAGAUGAUCGGAUGUGAUUUCUCUUCCCUACUAUGAACAUGUCAAGUUUUCGUCAGAAAGUCUGCCAUACAAAACUGGUUGAAAAUGCAUGUUCUUCCGAAGUUCAGUUUGAUAAAUAGGAAAUUUUUGUAUUCUGCAAAGCCCUUUUUUGCGUGUGUGGU